AACUCCAUGAAAGUGAUGUUCAAAUGCCUGUGGAAAAACUGUGGGAAGGUACUGAGCACAGCUGCAGGGAUCCAGAAACACAUACGGACCAUUCAUCUUGGACGUGUAGGAGAGUCUGACUACAGUGAUGGAGAGGAGGAUUUUUACUAUACAGAAAUCAGGCUCAACACGGACUCAGUAGCUGAUGGCUUAAGCAGUCUUUCCCCAGUUUCUCCAUCUUUAGCAUCUCCUCCUUCCUUUCCCACCCAAGACACAAUCCGUCCUGAAACUUCCUGUGCCAAAACGGAGACUAAACUGAUGACGCCUCUGAGCCGCUCAGCUCCCACCAACCUCUACCUCGUACACACGGACCAUGCUUACCAGGCCACUCCUCCGGUGAACAUUCCAGGGUCAGCAAAAUUCACUCCCAAUGGCAGUAGCUUUAGCAUCUCUUGGCAGUCGCCUCCAGUUACCUUCACCGGCAUUCCA